AAAUCUCGAUCUGAAAAAUUUGAGGGGUUUGAUAGCUACUUGCUUUCCCAAUCGGGUUCUGCAUAAAAUAAUAUAUAUAUUGGAAUUGGAGGAUAUAAAAUAUAAAAACUUGUAUAAAUGUUGUUUAUUGUUGUUUUGUGUCAACAACACUGCAACCACCGUCCAUUUUCACCUCAACUGUUACGAAACCAUCCCAUUGCAUUCACACACGAACGAACUCUCUGAUCGGAGCUUUUCAUCACCUGCAUGCUCAAUUUCCCCAAUCAUCGUCGCCGGAGAAUCUAUGUGUGUGAAAUUAGGGUUUCAUUGUGUUGGAUUCAUGUUAUUGGGGGCAAGAUAAAUGCUUCUUGGAGGGGAUCUAGGGUUUUCGUACCUGGUCCUGGUGGUGCUGUUGGUGCUUCCGCUCAUCGUCUUCUUUCUCCGCCGCAAAUGGCGGAUUUCGGUGGCUAGGACCGAGGAGAUCAAGAGGCUUCUCGUUCUCGCCUCCGAGGAAGAAGCUAGGGCUGAGUUCGAGGUUUCGAUCGCCUACUACGAUACUCCUCCUACGGUCUCGAUUCCUCGUCCCUUGCAGUAUCAGUGCGCUGUGUGUUUUUUCCCAACUAAACGGCUCUGUUCUCGGUGCAAAGCGGUUCGAUACUGCUCUGGUAAGUGUCAAAUUAUUCAUUGGAGACAAGGCCACAAGGAAGAAUGCCGUCCUUUUACCUCUUCUUACCAGAACAAUGACGCGUUAGAUGAUUCCUACCAAAAGGUGUUGAAACAAGAUGAAUAUGAGAUUCAUGGCAACGGCUUUGAGACCGAGGCGAGGCAGCAUGCUAAAUCAGUUCAAAAUUUCGCUGAGGAGCCUCCUUUUUUAAAUUCAGAUUGCUCUCCUGAAGUAUUUUGUGGGAAUGAUGACAGUGAAGUGGAGUGCCCUGUUGAUGAGAAAGGCACAAAUUCUAGUUCACAUGAAACUGAGAGAUCAGAUGGGCAUCAGUCCAUUAAUGUUUUCCCUGAGAAGUGUGUGACUAAUCGUGUUAACAAUGUAGAUCAAAAUGGGCCACCAUCUUACAAGCACACAAUUUUGGUUGAUUCUGUGGAUUGCCUGACUAAUUCAGGUAAGUUGAAUCAGAUCAAGCCCGAUUGUACUAAUCAUGACACUCAGUGUGAAUCAACAAGCUCUUCUGGUUGGAGUGCCAAUGGCUCCAAUGAGUCUUUCUUUUCUGAGCCUUCUACCCCCUCUUCUGGUUUCUGGCAAGGAACUAUCAACUCCAGUAGGCCCAAAAUUGAUGCCUUCGAUGAUUCUGCUCAGUCCAGUUCCAGUGGUGCUGGAGAAGCUGAUGUGCCGGAUUCUCGAUCUUCUCCAAGUUUGUCCUUCAACAUUGAUAAGAAUGCUGAUCCCCCUGUUGAUGUACAGGGUUCUGGUACCAAAACAGACAUAUCAGAUGAUACUCAUUCAACUACUUUUGCGAUCAAGAAGCCCAUUCAUGGUGCUUUUUUGUCAGAAGUAAGUGGAGAUGCGUCAAAUGGCAGGAGCUCACCGUUGUUGAGCCCUGAAAAGUCUGAGCAUCUGGAUGUUUAUGCUAGCAGUGGUUCAUCUGCACUGAAGCCCAGAGAACAUAGAUCUUGCUCAUCUGGUGCUUAUGCUUACCCAACUUCAAGUGCUGGAGGGCCUUCAAUUAGUACACGCGCUUCAAAAUCCAGUAACAUGCAGUCCUCGAGCCCUGAAAGGUCAAAUCACGUGGUUGAUGACACGAGAAAUACUUUGCAUGCAUUGGAAUCUAAAAAAAGUGGAUCUUUGUCGUCUAGUGCUUCUGUUGCUCGUCUAUCGUCUAGCACCAGAAGACAUUGUCUUCAUGAUGCAAAUCCUGGGAAGGUUGAUAGUGCUCAUCCAGUUGCUGCUACUUCUGAGUACGCAAGUUAUUCACCAAAUGCUAGGAAUGGCUUGAAAACAUCAAUGCGGAAAGUUGUUGACCAGCUCAGACCUUCUAAAUCCUCACAAAACUAUCAGUCAGGGGUUGGGAAUGAGAUUGCUGGAAGAUAUGACAAUAAGGGUUUGUUUCCAUACAAGCUGUUUGUCAAACUUUACAAUUGGAACAAGAUUGAACUACAGCCAUGUGGCCUGACAAAUUGUGGGAACAGCUGUUAUGCUAAUGCUGUGCUCCAGUGCUUGGCUUGUACGCCACCUCUCACUGCUUAUCUUCUGCAAGGAUUUCAUUCUAAAGCUUGUGACAAGAGAAAAUGGUGCUUCACCUGUGAAUUUGAGAGUUUAAUUCUGAAGGCGAAGGAAGGGACUUCUCCAGUGUCUCCAAUUCGGAUACUAUCCCGGAUUCAAAACAUUGGAAGUCAUCUUGGUAAUGGGAGUGAAGAAGAUGCACAUGAAUUUCUAAGGUAUGCUAUUGAUACAAUGCGGUCCGUUUGCCUUAAGGAAGCUGGAUUAAAUGAAUCAAGCUCUUUGGAAGACGAAACAACUCUCGUAGGCCUUACAUUUGGUGGCUAUCUUCGAUCAAAGAUAAAAUGCAUUAAGUGUGGAGGCAAAUCUGAGCGGCAUGAAAGGAUGAUGGAUCUCACUGUUGAAAUAGGAGGAGAUAUAGGAACUCUAGAAGAGGCUCUACGAAAAUUUACGGGCACUGAGAUUCUCGACGGUGAAAACAAGUACCAGUGCAGCAGAUGCAGAUCCUAUGAGAGAGCCAAAAAGAAGUUGACUGUCCUAGAGGCUCCUAAUGUUCUUACUAUUGCACUAAAGCGGUUUCAGACUGGUAAAUUUGGAAAGCUUAAUAAGUCGAUUCAGUUUCCUGAGAUUCUGGACCUAGCCCCAUAUAUGAGUGGGACGAGCGACAAAUCACCUAUAUACAGACUUUAUGGAGUGGUGGUUCACUUGGAUGUCAUGAAUGCAGCAUUUUCUGGUCAUUAUGUGAGCUACGUUAAGAAUGUCCAGAACAAAUGGUUCAAGAUUGAUGAUAGCACGGUAAAAGCUGUGGAACUGGAUAACGUCUUAACAACAAGAGCCUACAUGCUUCUCUAUGCUAGAUGCUCUCCCCGGGCCCCAAGAUUGAUAAGGAAUUCAAUAAUACCGCACGAUCAAAGAAAACCAAAGAAUCCUAUAAUUAAAUCAAAAUCACGCUCCACACAUCCUUCGGAUGCUUCUGGCACUGAUCUUUUGAAUGGACAUACAAGUUUCCAGCCUAUCCGAACGAUUUUGGAAGAGGACUCUUGGAGUGACAAUUCUUCCUUCUUCUCCGAGGGAUGUUCAUGCAGUUCCUGUAGUACUGAGAGCAGCAACAGGGAUUCUACCAGUGCCGAUGAUUACGAUCACUUUUUUGGUGAUCCAGGUCGAAAUUGGAAUAGUCCGUGGAAGAACUCAUCGGAUUCCGACUCAUCUACCUCUUCCUCCCCCUCACCCUUAUACUCUAGGCAUUCACCCCUUGCCGACUCUGAUCGGUAUUCAUCAGAGACCAGCAGCUUUCAAAUUCGAAACUCGGAAUUAGAUACGGACAACAACGGUUUCUGGGGCGGGAGCGGCAAUUGGGAAGGUAAGUCUAGUUUUCCCAUUUUGUAUUCUGACUCAACUAAACAGUGUAGAAAGUCAGAAAGUAGUGGUAGUUGUAGGGAGACUGACUUGGACAGAUUAGGAUUGGCUAACCCUUUCGACAACAAGAAACCAGGUGUAUUUAGAAGAUCAAUGAGGGAAAGAACAGAUUAAGCGUUUUAUUAAAAUGUUUUUUAGUUAAGAGGGGAAUAAGAGUCCGGGAGAGUAGGGGAGGGGGUUAGGGAGAGGCUGUAUGUAUUGUACUUUUGUUGUGGGCUUUUGCCUAAAGGAAGGCCACCAUUUUGUCAACUCUCUUCCCCUUUAUAUAGAGCCUAUAUAAAUAUACAAAACAUCUAUUUCUAGAGUGUAUAGUUGCCUGGGCCCUUCAAUAAAUGAGUACCGGAUUUAACUUUCUUUGCUAAAUAUAAGUAUUGGUCAGAUAAUGUUAGAUUUAUUGAUGGAAUGAGUUCGUCUUUCUAUUA